UUAGUUACCGCACCACAUAAAGGCAUUGCGUUGUAGACACCGUUUUACCCGCAACAUUCUUACUAUUUGCUUGCAUAUCUCCUAAUUUCUGAACCCUUCAAUUCGGCAUAAGAAAAAAAGAAAAAGAAAUACACUCGGUUCGGUAUUGUUCGUCAUCAUAAAAACAGCCGUUGCUCUCAUCGUCGUCGUCGUCGUCGUCGUUGUCGUCGUCGUCGUCGUCGUCGUCGUUCUUUAACGUUCAGUUUGUUUCUGCUGCUUUGUCCCGUCCACGUGUCGGUCGAGCAACGUUGUCGUUCGCCUUCGGGGGUGACACUGUCACAAGAAGAUUCGCGCGGGAAGAUAAGUUUACCGGACGGAAUCCGGCCGAAGAUAAAGCAGAGGAAUUACCCUUCCGUGUUCUUCCAAUCUUACGAUUUUGUUCGAUCCCUGAUUUUAUAUACGUUCUCCGUUACAACUUGUACUCCCGAUUUGUCUUGCCCUAGGAACGUCUUCUUGGUGUCCCGACGUCAUCCAUCCUUCUCGAUCGACGAACCCUCUGAUCGAUUUAACGCGAGUCGCGAUCCCAACACGAAAAAUCACGAAUCGACGCGUAAGAUGGUGCGUGAUCUUUUCACGUAACGCGAAAGCCAGAUAGAAAACGGGAGAUCAGCUAGCGUGAGAGUUGAGCGCGUUAACGAGGAACCGGUAGCGUGAUCAACAAGAUCGUCAGCUGGAAGAUUCUUUAAUCGGCGGAAGAGGCACCAACAAAUACAAAACGAAAGAAAGAGGGAAAGGCACAAAUAGAGAGGGACAGAUAGAAGUGUCUCCUGUUGGUCGGGGGUGGGAGUGAAGGAGAGAGAGAGACACUGGGUGUGUUCGUCUUCGCGCGCGAGAUUUGUUUAUCUCCUGUCGCGAGUUAUAGUUAUCGAGUGUUCACAAAUAAUCCGGCAUCGUCCCGUAUUUCUCGUUUCCCGACGGAAUUCGAUCGAUGCCGGGACUCGUGUUCGAUGAUCGAAAACCGGCCUCCACGUUGAUCGCGCGAUCGUCGGUCCGGACGUUCCGGGUCGCGUAAGAUUUGUUGAGAAAUUUGUUGACAGAGGAAAGGAGAGGAAACGCUAGUACAAAGAUACGCACGCGGGGGAAAACGCAGCCGCGAAACGAUACGUACGAGAUAUUGCGUAAUAGAGAGAAAUAAAAGUAAUUAAAAGUAGAAAACCCAUCGCCGCGCCGUUUCGUUCUGCGCCCAGUUAUCGGCAUCCUCCAACCACUGAUUUUCAUCGUUAACCGUAGGUAGAGAGGAGACGUCGAACUCUCGCGAUGCACGAUGAGGCAUCAAGCAGAUCCGGAACGGAGCGAGGACCGGGACUGCGGGUCCUUGUCGAGGACAAGCAGGAUGUCUCGAGAGGGACACUUCCGUCCGCGACGGCCUCGAUUACAAUGGUGCGUGAGCCAGAGAGGGAGAGCUAAACGAUAUAUAACCGAUGUGAAGAUCGAUUGAUAUCGCUUUCUUUUGCUAAACUACUAGAUUUCGUACAUAGUUAAGGACGACUCGUUAGAGGAUUGCAAUGAUGGCGAACGGAAUGGACACAGUCGUGCAACAAAACGGAGGAUCGACCCUCGGGCAGACCUCGCAGGAAGAGUCGAAGACGAAUCUCAUAGUGAACUAUUUGCCGCAGAGCAUGACACAGGAUGAGAUUCGUUCUCUGUUCUCCAGUAUAGGCGAGGUCGAGAGCUGCAAGCUAAUCCGUGAUAAGCUCAGCGGUCAGAGUUUGGGUUACGGUUUCGUCAACUACCACCGGCCUGAAGAUGCCGAAAAGGCUAUAAACACGCUCAAUGGUCUUCGUUUACAGAAUAAAACCAUCAAGGUGUCGUACGCGAGACCGAGCAGCGAGGCGAUCAAAGGCGCGAAUCUGUACGUCAGCGGCUUGCCGAAAAAUAUGGCGCAGCAGGAUCUGGAGAAUCUCUUCAGUCCUUACGGCAGAAUUAUCACGUCGCGGAUACUGUGCGACAACAUCACCGUACGACAGUUUGUGACCGGCGGCGGAGACAAUUUGCCCGGCCUGUCGAAGGGCGUCGGCUUCAUAAGGUUUGACCAGCGCGUCGAAGCCGAGCGGGCGAUCCAAGAGCUGAACGGCACCAUACCGAAGGGCUCGUCCGAGCCGAUCACCGUCAAGUUCGCCAACAACCCUAGCAACAACAACAAGGCGAUACCGCCGUUGGCCGCCUAUCUCGCACCACAGGCCACGCGACGCUUCGGCGGGCCGAUCCACCAUCCGACCGGCCGCUUCAGGUACAUUCCACUGUCGCCACUAUCCAGCACUGGCAAGGCCAUGCUUGCCAUUAACAAAGGCUUACAGAGUAGGUACAGUCCUCUGGCGGGUGACCUUCUCGCGAACUCGAUGCUGCCCGGUAACACGAUGAACGGCGCCGGCUGGUGCAUCUUCGUUUACAACCUCGCACCGGAGACCGAGGAGAACGUGCUCUGGCAGCUGUUCGGGCCGUUCGGCGCCGUCCAAUCGGUCAAGGUGAUCCGUGACCUGCAGACGAACAAGUGCAAAGGCUUCGGGUUCGUGACGAUGACCAAUUACGAGGAGGCUGUGGUGGCCAUACAGAGCCUGAACGGCUACACCUUGGGUAACCGCGUGCUCCAGGUCAGCUUCAAGACGAAUAAGAGCAAGGCGGCGUAGGACGAGCAACAGGCGGCAGCGGCGGCGGUGGCUGCGGCUGCGGCUGCGGCGGCGGACGCGGCAGCGGACGCGGCGGCGGUGGCGGCACCUUAUCAUCAUCAUCAUCAUCAUCAUCGUCGUCAUCGGCUGCUACGUACCGCGGCGGUGGUACAGCUGCCAGUGCCGGUGCCGGCGGGUCACCUUUACAACAAGCGGGGGCCUGGCCUGGUGCCGGGCGGUAUUGGUAACAACAAUAUCAACAGUCACUUUGGGGUCGCCGGCACCGGCGCCGGCGGCAUCCUUCACGGAGGAGUCAAGGCCCAACGACAGCCGUUCCUUCAGCGCCUACCGUCGCGCAUACACGAUCUCACUCGGGCGAUCGAGAUGGCCGUCUCAGGAGCGGCGAAUACGGCAACGCAGCAUCAGCAACAGCAGCGUCACCACGCGCAAGCCAAGCAGACCUCCCUGAAGAGCAAACCCAACAACAACCGUCAGGCCGGCAGCAAGAAGCUCCAGCAGAGCGAGAAAGUGUAGUUGCGAGGAGUGUGUGAAAGAGAAAGAGGCAGAGAGAAACUAUGAGCGUAUGUAUGCGUUUAUGUGUGUACGUGCGUAUGUGCGUAUGUGUGUAUGUGUGAGAGAGAGAGAGAGAAAGCAAGAGAUAAGAAGAAAUUAAGAAAGAAGAAAUUAAAGAAACGGAAAGAAGGCCGCGCGAGAGAUAAUUAGAAAAAGUAGAUUGGAUCGUUCGACUGUCCGAUAUGUAAUCGUGGACUGUGCGUGUGGAAAGCUCGAAGGAAAACAAUGGGGAGAGGGGGAGGGUUAAAAGAAGAUAUUAACGAGUUCUCUCGUGUCCUCUCAUUCCCCUUCUUUUCCUCGCUGCGCUCUUCCUCUUUCGAAUUCCUCUUUCUGUCCCUGCGUUCGAUCAGGGUCAAAGGUGAAAAGAAGACACGCGAAGAUCGGGGGAGACAUCCUUGUCAUCUUACUAACAUAAAAUAGAAAAAAAUUUGACAAGAGGGACACGAGAUCGAAGCGCGUUUUCCCUUCGUCUUGCGUCCUUCUGCUAUCACAAGAUGUCGAAUAGGAAGUGUCAUUCCUAGCUACAAACGCAUACAUUUUUCCUGACUAGAUGACGCGCGAAAGGAUGAUAGAAGAAUAACGCGGUAAGAUCGGUUAAAAAGAGGAAUUGAUUCUUAGGUCUUACGCGUGACUCACACAGCGACCUAUCCACGCUCUGUGUAUACAUAUUGCCAAUUUAUAUGUAUGUAUACACGAAGGGGCAUGCUUGUGGACCAAGUGGUGUCCGCGUGGGACAGGGCGGCAAGUCGACAGAAAGAAUUGAAAGCUCAAAGAAAGAGGAAGGCGUAAAAAACGAGGUAUAAAAGCGAGGAAGAAAGGCAUAGAGAAAGAAAGAGAGAAAAAGGACUUUCCCUUUGAUUAGCAUUUGACGAUGCGUCGAGAGCCUCCGCCAGGCAUUUCGGCAAAUCUUUUUAUUUUUAUUUUUUUUUUCUACUUAAAUAUACAUCUCUCCAUAACUGGGUUAGUCACGACGAUAUCGGGCUGUGAGACUGAAUCAUACACACCAGACACGCAAUUAAUAUACAUAUACAUACAUACACAUACACUUGCACGUACAAGUAGAACGAUCACCAAAACGCGGUGUUAAGAGAAUAGCGGAUUGUCGUGGAAGGAAACAUAUUUCGGGACGCGCUCACACGAGAUAAAACUCGUCGAAAUGCAGGAGAAAGAGAAUGGAUGAGAGGGAGAGAAAGAGAAAGAGCGAGAGAGAGAGAGAGAGAGCAAGAGAGACAGAAGAAAGAUAGAGGGGAGUAUAAAAGAAUGAAACCUCAGAGAAACACUCACACACAGUGCUUAGUAGUAGGUGGUUAUACAUACUCGUUUUAUGUAUAAGUUUUAGAGUAUUAGCGUCGUGUGGAUGAGAACGGGAGAGAAACAGAUUGGGGAAUACGAUGAAGGUACGGACGAAGUAUGCGAAGGGAGGAAAUGGAAAUAUCGGGGGGGAAAGAAGGUAAAAUUGAUUUCGAGGGUUUACGAGUGCAAAAGCGUGCGGGAGCCGUAUGGUAAUCGAGAGGAAAGGAAGGAAAUAAAAAAGAAAGAAAGAAGGAAAGUCAGGUAUUGUGGGGCAGGGCUCGCACUCACGUGUUCGUACGAUCGCAUGGAAAAGAUUUCAGUGUGCGGGCACGAUGUGUACCUUAAUGUAACCCCGUAAGUUUAAUUAGAAUGUUACCGUUUGAUGAGAAUGGACGUAUUUAUUCUCGGGCGAGGCGGCUCCCGGAGGAUCGCGAAAUCGGCGAUUCUCGGGGCUCGGUAUAGGUAUAGGUAGAAAGAGGAAAAGAGAGUGAGAGAGAGAGAGAGGGAGAGGAAGAGAGCACGGCCUGAGGGAUCGCAAAGCGAUCUAAUCGCGUAACUAUAAUAACCAUUACAUUUCUACUAGUCAGUACUCAGGUGGUCUUCAUUGCCGCGCAUACGUGCUGAUGAUAUGCGCGUAUAUAAUGUGUCUCUUUUGUUUUUCUUUUUUUUUCCCCCUUUUUUAUGUGAGACGUAUUUAUUAGGUAGUAAAAAUGUGCUUUCGCAGGAUCGGAUUCUCUGACUCUCGACAAUUCUCCGCGAGGAUGCACCGUCCGAGAAGGUAUUUUACGAGAUGUUCCGCAGCUUCGCGAUGGCAUCAAUUUUAUGAUUUCCUCGAGAAAUUUUCAUGACUAUCGGGAAUCAAAAUAACAAAGAGUUCUUGUUUAACAGAAAAAAAAUUAAGAAUAAUUUUUGCACAUGUAAAUAUACAUGCUGUUUACAUUUUAUAGUAUGUGAAACAUCAAGGAAUAAUUCAGAUCGCGCGAUCGCUCAAGCGUCGUCUUUGGCUUUUUACGCUUCUUGUCGUUGAUUAGCAUUGCACGUUUUGACGUUCCUAGGGGAAAUAUUUCCGCGAAUAUUGAUUACAUUGAUACGACAAGAGCGGUUAUCGUACUGUGAAAUAGAAGAAACGGAUGUAACAUUCGUUAUUUUACCUUCGCGUUUCAUAGAGCAUUGAUACCGUUCUCGUUUCAAAAUAUUGAUAUUACGGAAAAUUUAUAUAAGCUUUACAAAUUUGUCGCGGAUUGAAUCUCUUUAGAACUUUAAAAUUCUGGAAUAGAAAGCUCCUCCCGUUCCUGCAUGUUGUACUUCGAGGACGGUGUAUGCGACCGGUAUGUGAUACGGAUUAAUGACAGGAUUGAUUAAUGUUCGAUCUCAAGUCAGAUUAAGGAAUCACGUAUCUAGUCUAUGUGCAAACUGUCGCGUCGUCGGUGCGUUUUGCCCUCGAAGAAAGAAAAAGGAAACGACAGAGACGUCGGUAACGAACACCAGUAGAGAGAAGCUGGAAACGGUGGACGCAACGACGAGCGCGGCUAAGUGAAACGACGCGAAGCAUGCGAGCCGGAUUCCUCAUGCUCACUCGCGUUGUCGUCAUUCUUUCGAAUGACCAUGGAUCGAUGGUUUAUUAAAAUGGUGAUUGUAUUAUAGACAAAAUCCUGGAGGGAUUCUCCGUAAGUGCAUACGUAGCUUUUGCCGCUUCGGCAAGUCGUCCCAAGGAGACUUUAAACGACCACAGCUCAAGGAGUGACUCUCCGCAAUUGUAAGUAGAAAAAUUCAGAAAUUACUUUGCGAAAGUGACUCUCUUCGACUGCGCGCAGAUAUCACGUUCGUCAAAGGGAUUUCCGCACCCGCUUCUGUCAGGAUCGCUCACCCGAGUGAUUCCGUAACGAAUGCGGAUAAAAAGUCCUUGAACCGUCAUCGUGAACUCCUGCGGGACGACUUUUGAACGGCGAACGAUUGACGGAUCUCCGAAAAAGAAGACGUGGGGAGGGGCCGAGCAUGAGGACGCAGGUCGCGUGUACUUAAUAAUUAUGAAUUAAGCGAUACUCGGUUAAGGAUAGAUUUAGUCAAGGAAACCAAAAAAAAAAAUAACAUGUAUGUUGUCUUAUUUAUGUGUACCUUUUUGUGUCUAGUCCGGGAGUCACGAGGAGACGCGCGAGGGCAGAGGAUACAACGCUCUCUCUCUCGUUUUGAAAAGUCGCGCGACUCCCACGAGCGUUGUGGAUUUUCUUUUUCUCUAAGACGUUACUUUAUUCAGAACCGCCGCCGCCGAAUCGCGCGCGAGCCCUCACUUGGCACGUGGGGGACACGGAGCAUCUCGGCGAGGCGCCAGGAUCUCGAAUGUUAGUGCAAAUUUUUAAGGCGUCGACGGGCAUUAAAACGUCGCCGCGUAAACGCAAACUCGCUGAUCGGAGGGUGUUUGAACGAUGAUUGGUCUUCAUCGCUCAUAUUCGUAAUUUAUAUCGCAGCAUCAUUGUACGAAUGUCGUGUCGAUACAGCGCCAACGCAUUCGUACGUGCAGACAUGUAUGAGGCAUUUCCUCUCCCCCCCCCCCCCCCCCCCGAUUGAUUCGCGAACGGUAAUUUUUAUUCGCAAUGUGAGAUAUAUAUAUUUCGCGUGUAUUUUCUCGCGCGAGCACCGAUAGAAUAUUAAUAGAUCGUUAUUGAGAAUAUAGAAAAUAAAUUAAUAGCGUGCUGAUGCCACUUGCCGCGAAAAAUGUGUCCAUAGCUGUAGUAAUUUAACAGCUGUAGUAAUUUCACGCGGAUACGUGAGAGAUGAAUUGUAUCUCGGCGGCAUCCUCUCGGUAUCAGCGAGACGUCCGUUUUUUCGGGACGUUUCUCUUAUAUUACACAUGCGAAUUCACAUUUGCCAUUAUACUUAUCUUCUCCUUUUCGCUAUUGCCAUAUUAUUAUGAUUAUACUUAUUAUUCUAUUACUAUUAUUAUUAUUACCAUCGUCAUCGUCUUAUUAUUAUUAUUAUUAUUAAUUGUCAUUAUUAUUAUUAUUAUUACUUAUGAUCGUGUAUAUUUUCUGUGUCUAUCGUCUAGUAGCUACGUGUAACCUCUAACACCUCAUUACUUACUCUCGUAUAAUAUUACUAGAGAAAAAUAUAAACAAGUACUUUACUCACUCUUCACUUGCUCACUUAACAUUGCUCUUUCUGUCGCCACUUUCUGCCAAUCGCUCUAUAACUAUUACGUUGCUAUUACCGCUACCGCUAUGUUACCACCAUUACUUAUCACUUACUACUACUACUACUACUACUUAAUACAACUAUUUAUUUAUUUAUUUAAUUAAAUAACAUAACCACUUAUUAUGUUUUAUUUAAGGAUUAAACUGAUUUGUGUUUGGUUCAAACGUCGUUUGUUUUAUUUCUAUUAAAAUUGUUUCAGUUGCCAUUCACCCGGCGUCCCGACCCGACCCUACCUACAAUUAUCGCCGAUUCGUUCCUUAGUCUCGACCCAUCCUCCCUUCACCGACAUUCCACGAUCUCUUCCUGACAUUCCACGAGUUACAGACUGAUGUAAUAGCGAUAUUAAACAAAAAGAAAAACAAAAACGGCGAGCCGCUGGACCUCGAUGCACGAGACACCGCUCAUGGAUCCUGGUUCGUAGCGGCUUCAUUAUUUAUAAUUACUAUUAGUAAAGUCGCGAACACCGCCAUAGACACUACCAAA